AGGAUGCGUUCCAACACUCGCGUCGUGCUGCUGCUCUGCUGUCUGGUGCUACGGGAGAGCAGGUCGGGGGUGUGUAAGGAGUUGAAGUUCCCGGCACGGACCCCUAAGCCCCCGUCUCCGUCAGAUUUCCUGGACAAGCUGAUGGGCCGGACCUCCGGCUACGACGCGCGCAUCAGACCCAACUUCAAAGGUAUGACGACGCAAGGGUAUCACACCUCAGGCCCCCCGGUGAAUGUGACGUGUAACCUCUUCAUCAACAGCUUCGGCUCCAUCACGGAGACCACCAUGGACUACCGGUUGAACGUGUUUCUCCGGCAGCAGUGGAACGACCCGCGGCUGGCCUACAAGGAGUACCCCGACGACUCCCUGGACCUGGACCCCUCCAUGCUGGACUCCAUCUGGAAGCCCGACCUCUUCUUCGCCAACGAGAAGGGCGCCAGCUUCCACGAGGUCACCACCGACAACAAGCUGCUGAGGAUCUUCCAGAACGGGAACGUCCUCUACAGCAUCAGGCUCACGCUCAUCCUCUCGUGCCCCAUGGAUCUGAAGAACUUCCCCAUGGACAGCCAAGUCUGCACCAUGCAGCUGGAGAGCUUCGGCUACACCAUGAACGACCUGGUCUUUGACUGGCUGGACAUCGGACCGGUGCAGGUCGCAGACGACCUCAUGCUCCCUCAGUUUGUGUUGAAGGAGGAGAAAGGCCAUGGGUACUGCACCAAGCACUACAACACAGGUAUGUUCACCUGCAUCGAGGUGAAGUUCUACCUGGAGCGGCAGAUGGGCUACUACCUGAUCCAGAUGUACAUCCCCUCGCUGCUCACCGUCAUCCUGUCCUGGGUGUCCUUCUGGAUCAACAUGGACGCCGCGCCUGCCCGCGUGGGCCUGGGCAUCACCACCGUGCUCACCAUGACCACCCAGAGCUCGGGGUCCCGCGCCUCGCUGCCCAAGGUGUCCUACGUGAAGGCCAUCGACAUCUGGAUGGCGGUGUGUCUGCUGUUUGUGUUUGCCGCUCUGCUUGAGUACGCCGCCGUCAACUUCGUCUCCCGGCAACACAAGGAGUUCUUCCGUCUGAGGAAGAGGAGACUGAGGGAGCAGCAGCGACAGAGCCAGGGCAGUGUUGACGUGAAGGGGAAGACCACCAACCGAGUGAGCAGCAGCGCCUCCCAGGGCACCCUGGCCCAGCCGUGCAGUGUGUGCGCCCGGGAGGAGGAGCUGGCCCAGCAGGGCUUGUUCUUCAACAGCUUCGGCCUCUCCAUGGCGACGGCCGCCGUACCGGAGAUGGACGCCACGCCGGUCUUCGCCGACCUGCCGCCCGGCCUCGGCUUCUACGAGAUCCGCCGGCGCUUCGUGGACCGCGCCAAGCGCAUCGACACAGUGUCCCGCGCAGCCUUCCCGCUCAGCUUCCUCAUGUUCAACGUCCUGUACUGGCUCACCUACAAGGUGCUGCGGCACGAGGACAUGAUGCUGAAGCACUGA